GAGCAGCUGGGUCAGGCCCGAGAGCAGCUCCGGGACAGCGAGCGCCUCUCGGCGCGAAGAGUGGAAGCUCUGAGCCAGGAAGUACAGAAGUUGAAUCAGCAACUAGAAGAGAAGAAUGGAGAGAUACAGCAGAUGAUAAAUCAGCCUCCAUAUGAAAAGGAGAGAGAAAUCUUACGACUUCAGAAGAGCUUGGCAGAGAAAGAGAAGGCUCAGGCCACCAGUGAUGUUUUGUGUCGUUCACUCACUGAUGAAACUCACCAACUUCAACGCAAAUUAGCAUCCACAGCAGAAAUGUGUCAACAUCUGGCAAAAUGUCUAGAAGAGAAGCAAAGAAAAGAGAAGGGGAAUUCAGAUGACCAGAUACCUGCUGGAAGAUCUGAUCAGCUUUUAGACAAUGAAACUUCACUUCAAGCUCUUAUCAGCAACCUACAAGAUGAAAACAGGAUGUUAAAACAAAAAGUAGCUCAUGUGGAAGACUUAAAUGCAAAAUGGCAGAAAUACGAUGCGAGUAGGGAUGAGUAUGUGAAGCGACUCCACUUGCAGCUAAGAGAGAUGAAGUCACAACUAGAGCAGCAGCACUGCGUAACUUCAGCACAAACGAAUUCUGACCUGAUGCACAAGGAGAUAUUCCGGUUAAACAAGCUACUGGAAGAAAAAAUGAAUGAAUGCAUAAAAACAAAGACAGAAUUAGAAGAUGUGAAGAAGGCUAGUGAAGGAGAUAAUGAGCGCAUACAAAUGCUGGAGCAACAGGUCCUAGUUUAUAAAGAUGAUUUCACAUCUGAGAGAUCAGAUAGAGAACGAGCGCAGAGUAAAAUACAAGAGCUUCAGGCAGAAGUUGCAUGUCUGCAACACCAGCUAGCAAGAAGACAGGACUCAAGAGACACAAGUAGUCAUUUCAGAGUUUACAAGGGUAACCAAAAUCAUAUGUAUGUACAGACAAACGUCGAACAUCUACGAGGCAAUAGCCCAGGCCAAACAGGCACGAGAAGAACAUCUUCCCAGUCUGAACAAGCCUCUCCUCCUGUGGACAAUGGGAACUCUGGAUCUGAGGGCAGGGCACAGGGUGAACUCAGAUGCCCUCAUUGUAUGAGGUUUUUCAGUGAUGAACUCAGUGAUGAAUUCCUCAAGCAUGUUGCAGAAUGUUGUCAGUGACCAUGGCAUGUGAGGUGUGUAAGUCAAUCACUACUUUAUAGACAGUAAAACUUUGCUCUGUACAUAUCUCCUACAGUCCUAAAACAGAGUAAUUCAAAUGGACAGCUCUUAGGAAUUAGGAGGAUGAACAGUAUCUACCUCUUAUUUGAUUUCACCUUCUCCUGGACUGUAUGAAAGACCUCAAGAUAAAGCAAAGUGUUUUUAUGAAGAAUUAUUUUUGACAACUACGAGGAAGGCAAGCAUAAUGCAAAUUCUACUACAAACUAAACUGAAACUUACAGUGGUAAUUAGCUUCAGAGUGCAGCUUGACUCAUAUUUGAGUAAUUCUUUACACCAGUCUGAAAACUUAUGAAAAAAAAUUACUGAACUUGAAAUUUUCCUCCUCUUCCAAAAACGUAGGCUGAAGAGCAGAGGGGAGAAUUUUGGCCGAAGAUAGGAAAAAAAGAAAUCUUACUGUGCUUUACCUGGAUUAAAAGCAAGAGUAUUUUUUUUGUCUAUUGAAGCUGAACUUUCAGACAUCUCAUGUGAAAAUCCUUGUGUUUAACUGAAAUCAGGAGAAGUGAAGAAAAUAUAAAAGGGCUAGUUAUUGACUAAAACUAGCCUGUCUUUUUGCACAGAAACAAUGUACAGGAUUAUUUAUUUUUUCUGUGCCAUAAGUAACUAUUUUACAUAUUUGUAAAUGUAUAUUUGUGUAAUUAUUGAUUGUAUUCCUAUUUUACCUAAGGAUUAUUUUUAUAAUAAAAGUGAUU